AUGCCUAAAAAAAAAUUAGAAAAUAUUCUAAACGAUGAACUUCCAAAUAGCAAUGGCAAUUAUUCAUUUUUAUCAAAAGAAACUUUUUACAAUUUAUAUGAUGAUUAUGUAAAAAACAAUGUUAAAGAAAAUUAUAGAUGGGAUCUUGAAAUAAAUGAAACACAAUAUAAUGAAAUUAUAAGUGUUCUUGAAAAUCCAAAAAAAUCUAAAUUAUUUAAUAAAGAUAGAAGAAGCUAUAUAACAACAAACUAUACAAUUAAAAUUAUCGAUGAUCAAAAAAUUAUUUUUUAUACAUUAGUAGGAAAAAGAGCAAAUCUUAAAGAUUUAUGUUUAUUAGUUAAAAAAGAAGAAAUUUAUGAUAAACUUGCUAAAUUACAUAUAAAAUCUGUACAUGGAGGUAUAAAUGAUCUUUGGAAUAUUGUUAGACCAAUAUAUGAAAAUAUUAAACAAUGGGCAACUGCAAUUUUUGUUAGUGCAUCAAUUAAAGCAACUCCUUAUGGGGCUGUUUUUGGAUGGCCAAUUAAAUUAACAAAUUUAGUAGUAUCGGAUAUUUUAAAAGAUUCUCAAAUUAUAAAUGAGCAAGAUAUUGGAAGUGAUAUUGAUAUGCCAGAAUAUACAGAAAAUUUAAGUGAUUUGGAUAGUGAUUUAGAUAAAAAUUUAAAUGAAAAUAAUAAUUUAAAUAAUAUUAAUGAUAAUAAAGGAAAAGAAAAAGAAAUAAACUUUACAAAACAAACUAAAUUUAAACCAAAAAUUGUUUAUAAAAAUAAUAUAAACAAUAUUAAAUUUUUUGAAAAAACACCUAAAUUUGAUGAUAAUUGGGAUAUAAUAAAAAAUUCUUGGGAAAAUUAUUUUGGCAAAAGUAAUAAGCAUUUUCAAAAAGUUCCUCUUUUAGAAAUGAAAAAAACACUUAAUAAUAUUAAAUAUAUGAAAUUAUAUUCUCAAUAUCCUUUUGAUGAGCUUGUUAUUUGGGAAAAUAAAUUAAAUUCAUGGAUUAGUGAUUUUAAUGAAAAUGAAUUUGUAAGUAUUAAAUUAGAAGAAUUAAAUAAACAAGAAGAAUUAAGAGAUUUAAAUUAUCAAACAGAAUUAGAAAAAGAAAUAGAACUGGAAAUAGAAGAGUUAAAUAAACAAGAAGAAAUAAAAAAAUUAUAUAUUGAUAUAGCUGAUGAUGAAAGUAGUGAUAUUUUAACAACUGAAGAUAAUAAUUUUUAUACUUAUUCUGAAGAUGAAGAUGAAAAUGAUGAAAUAUUUAGUAAUAAGUCUAUUGAAGAUGAAAUAUUUAGCAAUAAGUAUAUUGAGAAUGAAAUAUCUAGUAAUAGGUCUAUUGAAGAUGAAAUAUCUAGUAAUAAAUCUAUUGAAGAUGAAAUAUCUAGUAUUAAGUCUAUUGAUGAUGAAACAUCUAGUAAUAAAUCUAUUGAAGAUGAAAUAUUUAGUGAUAAGUCUAUUGAAGAUAGAACAAAAAAUAAAUCAAAAGAAAAUAAUUCAAAUAGUAAAAAUAUUAAUUUAUUAAAAGAACAUCAAAAAAAUCAUCAAAAAAAAUUAGAACAAAUUAGAAAAUCUAAUGAAGCUUAUAGAAAAAUACUUAAAAAAGAAAUGCUUCAAAGAAUGCACAAAAAUAAAAAAAAUUACAAAAAAGGAGAAUUUGCCAAAAUAUCUAUUCUAAAAAUAGAUCGUAAAUCAAGUCUUUCAGCUCCAUUUUUAUUUGUUAAAAUUUUAAAAAUUAUAAAAAAAGGAUUAUAUCAAAUUGGAUGUUCAGUUGGAAUAUUAGAACGUUAUUAUAAAGAAGAAGAGCUUAUCUCAGUUCAUUGCAAAGAUUUUCCGGAUUUAAAUCAUAUUCCAGAUAUAAAAAUAUCAUUAAGAUCAGCAGUUAAACAAAUUGAAACAAUAACUAAAAAUAAUCAAAAUAAUACAAAAUGUAAAUGUACUAAAUUAUGUGAUACUAAAAAAUGUAUAUGCAAAAAGGUGGAAAAAUUUUGUACAAAAAAUUGUCAUAAUGGCAAUAUUUGUAAAAAUUAUAGAAUAUAA